AUGCACAAAGGGUCCUGGCGCAUUGUACGGAUCUUUCUGGAACCAUCAACUGCAGCGCAUUACAUAGUCUCGAGUUUCCGAUUUUCUCGUUCAGGUGCUGGCGUGAACAUUACGGAACUUGAGGAAAGGUCUGCCAGACAUCCAGCUACAAAGCCUUGCUUAGUAUCGAAACAUAGCAUCGAAGCAUCAAUGUUACUUAUUCAUCUCGGUCUGACUCGCAAGAUGAUGGUGACCAGGAUGCUUCGUGUCCGCGUCGCCGAUGUCGCAGUUCUCAAACGCCGCAACAAAACCACCAUCGGCUUGGUACAAAGGUGA